AGCGGGCUCUUUCCCUCAUGUAGCUUGACGCGAUCACGCGAGGCCACCGCUUGGCGAGAAGAACUGCCGAAAAGGGAGGAAGAAGAACACGAAGGACCCAAAAAAUGGGGAUUAAACUGUACUACACGACUGUAACUGCCUCACGGACGGUCAAGUCCCAGCAGGCAGAAGUGAUGCGCAUCCUGGACAGCAAAAACAUCCAGUACAAGCUGGUGGACAUCUCGGUUGGUGGCGAGUUGCGCGACGAGAUGCGCAGCAAAGCGGGGAACCCCACGGCUGUCCCGCCGCAACUCUUCAACGAUGACCAGUACUGCGGGGAUUACGAAAUGUUCUCCGAGGCGGUGGAGGCAGACACGGUGGAUCAGUUCCUGAAACUGGCAUGAGUCAUAACCUUCCAUCCCCAUCACCCGUCAAUCACACUGAAGUCCCUCAUUGACACCGACUUUGAUCGGACGCCAUAACGACGAAUGCCAAAUACCCUCACGUCCCUCUUUUGCUUCAGCAUCGGUGUCGGCCAAGCUUGUCUUAAAAUGAAUCUGCAAAUCGCCGUCAUCACUCAGUCUUAACGACGUGGUCUUGGUCUUAGAACCUUCACCAUCUUACGUUCCCAUGGUGCGCUGAAUGCAAACAUCCUAGACCAAAUGAUUAAAAAAAAAAAAAAAAAUUCACUGGGAUCAUUGACAGCAAUUUUAGCUCCCAGCUCCCAUCUUAGGGAAACUCUGACAUGGAUUUAUAUGGAAGUCUUCAUAUUCUGUUUACUGCAGAAGCUGUUAGUGUAGAGUUUUUGCUUGUUUACGCAGCAUUUUGUUCAAAUGAGGAAUCUGACUGUAUACAGUGUCAGCUCUUAAGUCCAAACAAAAUGGCUUCCAAAUGGAUCGAAUCGACUCAUUUGGGUAAAUAAGACCAAAUUACAGCAAAUCGACCCCCCACAUCCCAAUUUUGAAGACGCCCGAUGCUUUGCUCUUUGUUUCAGUAACUACCAUUCCUGUCAUUACGCGUUCUCCAAAUUGUAGCACUUUUGCUGUGUGUGUGUGUGUGUGUGUGUGUGGGGGGGGGGGGGUUACCACUUUUUCUUUUUCAGAGUUUUCCUCUGUACUAGAAGUAACGACUGCAUUUGAGGAUGCGCCCACCAAGUAUUUUAAGCAUCUUAGCUGUUAGCUUGUCUGUCAAGACAGGCCAAAAAUGUGAAAACCAAAAUGCAUUUCUCUGGUCAGAACUUUUGAGAAUGUCCGCAGGUGUUUGUAAUUUCCUUCCUCCCUUUCCUAGUUCCGUUUGAAAUGUUGUAUUGUUGACUGAAAAGGACCAAAAAGACAGCACUUGUAGUGUUCGACCAUGUAGCCGGUCCUGGCCGUGACCGUUAGGACCCUACGCACUGAAUUAUUGACACGGAACGAGGCUGGUGUGUCUCACUGGACCUGUCACUUCGCCGGAAAAUAUGAAGGGAUCAUUUCUUUUUGCCUGAAUCUGUGUAUUGACAUUCGGAUUCGAGUUAAAGGCAUUUACCUCACGGCGGAUACAUUUCAACACCAUUCGAGGGCAUGCGAUUUAGAUGAUUGGGUGCAAUGACGGGCCUGAAUUGUUUGCGCACUUGUUUUUGUAACUCCGCGCGGAUUGACGUGGAAGUGUGCAUUAUGUUCCAGUCGCAUUCCUUGUCUAAGCUCUUUGCUUUGUGUUUGGAACAAUUCCCCUUGGCCAAAAUGAGAACAAGUAGAAGAGUAGAGAAUAAAAAGCUGUUUAUCUUCCAAGAAGAUUGUAAUAUGUCAUGUAUGGGUUGCAAAACGAAAAAUAAAAUGUUGAAUCAAAUGGU